UGUUUGACUGUACUUUAGAGCCAGUAAGAUGCGUCCAUGGAUGGAUGGAGCAGCAUGCAUCCACUUGCAGCUCCUGUUGUCAGACACUGACCUCUAGAGGUCAUGCAGGUAACAGCAGUGGGCGGAGCUCCCGUUAAAUCUCCAGCCAGGAUCACUUCUCACGAGAAGAGGAGAAACAGGAGAGCAUCCAUCUGUCACUGCUUUUAGAAGAAAGAUUGACCAGGUAAAGGUUUAUUUAGCUGAUCCUGCAGAGACCACCAGCAUGUCUUUCUGUCGGUUCUUUGGAGGUGAGGUCUACAAGGAUCAUUUCAAACCAGGGUCAACUUCCUGUUUGAUGCUUGCCCCGCCCACCUACCUGAUGUCACACCAAUGAGGGCAUGCAAUUUUGAUCAUGUGGCUUCAUAGCAAGGGCUCAGCAAAAAAAGUUUUUAUUUUCACUCAUCAGGCGAGAAAAUAAACCCUGUAUGUACGUGUGCUCCAACUGUAACUAUCCGCUGUUCUCCAGCCGGUCCAAGUUCGCCCACUCGUCUCCCUGGCCGGCUUUCACUGACACCAUCAGAGAGGACAGCGUCACCAAGAUGAUGGAGUCGCUCACUGCCUUCAAGGUUCUGUGUGGCAAGUGUGGCAACGGGCUCGGCCAUGAGUUUGUAAAUGACGGCCCAGACGAAGGUGUCUCACGUUUUUGAAUAUUCAGUCACUCGCUCAAGUUUGUCCCCAACAAAGGCAAGGACAAGCAGUAAAGAGCGAGGUAUUAUAGGUAGUUUACACUCCAGCUGCUGUAUCUGCUGCUAGAUCCAGGACCAGUGAUCGGGUCGGGUCAGUGGAUGACGUGGACGGGGAAAAGGCCUGAGAGGGACGGCCUGUCCACUGAAGAAUAUUUGACCAGCCUGAGACACAGCGACGGGACCACACCGCUGCAAAUAUUCCUUUCCAAAAAAUGUUACAUUCCUCGAAUACCUCAUAUUUAAAUACAUAUUAAUUCCAUGAUUGUGAUUUUCUUGAUCUUAAUUAAAUAUAUCAGUAGAUGCAUGUCAUUUUAGCAAGAAAUCAGUUUUUUCUGCUAUCUUUUUGAUUUUGCAUUAUACUGCUGGUAUCACUUACCAUAACCAUAUCAACUAUGCACUGAAGAAGUUCACAUUUCUGCUCCGUCUGCUCUUUUGGUAUCUGUUUUGUAUGUUUGUGUCAAGAUUAUGCAAUAGCAAAGAACGUGUUAACCAACUGUAUGAAGCUACAUGUUUUUUCCUUUUUGUUAUGUACUGUAAGCCAGUAUACUUGAACGUAAAAUUCAAGAUAAAAUGCAAAAUAAUAGAUUUCGCAAAACAUUUGUACAUUUGUAUUUUAUUUUGAAAAACUUAUCUUAGUCAGCGACAUAUUUUUUUCCCUUUUUGUUAUGUACUGUAAGCUGGUGUACUUGAACAGAUUCUAAAAUGAAAAAUAAUCAAUUUCUCAACGUUUGUACAUUUUGCAUUUUAUUUUGAAAACUCACCUUAGAGUCAAGAGUUUAGGGGGCAAAUGCACAACAUUUUGAUGUAUAUGCUCCGUUGUUACAGGAUAAUGAUGCUCGUACGGCGGAACUAAAAAUAAAUUAUAGUUUGAUAGA